AUCAGUGUUCCAUGUGUGGAUGGGUCAAACAAAGUCGUGCGUUCGAUGCUAUCGUAUUAUUUAUCGUUUAUAACUUAAAUUGAGUCGAAUGACAUUCUGCGUAAUAUGUUCGCGAAAAACUAAUUAUAAUAACGAGGGUUAUUCAAAGGCGUAAAAUAAUCCCGAUGCUCGUUGUGCUUUGAAAACAUUCAUCGGCUGAAUUCCAGGCAACUCAAUUAUGAGCCUUCAAUUUAUCGUCACUUCUUUUUUCAUCGGCGGAAUCGUCUGCUUGAUGAUCUAUCAUGCGAGAAGAUUUCGUCUGUAUCAGAAAGCAUGGAAAUUUCGUGGGCCACUCGUGUUUUUACCGUUUUUGGGUAACGCCCUGACUUUCGCCGGAAAUACCGAAGAUCUACUGAAAACACUCGAUAAUCUCGCAAACAGCUAUUCGUCACCUUAUCGUGCUUGGUUUGGACAGGGCUUGGCGAUUUUUGUCUCUCACCCGAAUCAUAUAAAGGAGUUACUGUGCAGUGAUAAAGCAAUCGAGAAGUCAAAAUUUUAUACAUUUUUUCGACCUUGGUUGGGAAACGGUUUAUUCACCGCCCCUGCUGGAAUAUGGCGCGUGCAUCGGAAGCUGAUCGGGCCGACUUUUAACUUAAAAAUUCUCGAAUCUUUUGUACCGAUAUUUGCGGCUCAUUCCAAAACGAUGGCGGACAAAAUGGAGGCCAAUAUAAAUGGAGGAGAAUUCCGAAUAUUCGAAUACGUAUCGUUGUGUACGUUGGAUAUUAUUUGCGAAACAACGAUGGGCGUGAAAAUGGAAGCACAGAACAAAUCGGGAUGCGACUACGUUGAAGCCGCAGAGAAGUUAUUUUCGAUUAUUUACGAAAGAAUUCUCAAGCCUUGGCUUCAUCCUGACACGAUUUUUUAUCGUUCCAAACUUGGCAAAGAACAGACAGAUCGCAUCAAAACUUUGUUCUGUUUUACUGAUAACGUGAUACUGAAAAAGAAACAGGCCUUGCCGAGUGGUGAUCGUCGUGAGAUAGCUAUGAAUCAUGAAGAUGAAACUUGUACUUCACGGUCACGGAGAAAAGCUUUUCUAGAUUUGCUGAUGGAAUUGACGUACGAUGAAAUGAAAUUUUCGGAUUCUGAAUUGCGUCAGGAAGUUAAUACAUUAGUGCUGGCGGGAAACGACACAAUAUCCAAUGCAAUGUGCUACGUGAUGCUGAUGCUCGCUUCUCAUCCCGAAGUUCAGGAAAAGGUUUAUCGCGAACUGCAAAGCAUUUUCAUGGAUCAAAACCCUGAUGAACGAUUUGUGACACAGGAAGACCUGCCGCAUAUGGAAUAUUUGGAGCGUGUGAUAAAAGAAACCUUGCGUUUAUUUCCAAUCGCGCCUAUCCUCGGUCGCACAGUGAUGGAGGACUUGGAGAUAGGUGGGUUCACGCUGCCGAAAGGAAGUAUGGCCGUUGUGAACACGUUCACAGUUCAUAGAAGCAAAGAAUACUGGCUAGAUCCCCUUAAGUUUGAUCCAGACAGAUUUCUGCCUCAAGAAGUUGCACAGCGCCAUUCCUAUUGCUAUCUACCCUUUAGCGGCGGACCCAGGAAUUGUAUAGGCGCAAGAUAUGCCAUGAUGGAAAUGAAAACGUGUCUCGCUCACAUUCUUCGGAAAUACGUUCUCAAAAAGAACAAAGUUCAGCUCAUAAGUGAAAUACGGGUUAAAGUGGACAGCUUGCUGAGGCCAGUUGAGCCGAUCACGUUGUGCAUAGAAAGACGAUCGUCGAAACUUGAUUACGCAAAGAAAAAGGCUUAUCUCGAACUACGCGAAAUUUAUGGAAGCAGCGAUCCUGACGAACGUAAGGUGACACAUGAUGACUUAGUGCGCAUGGAAUAUUUGGAAUUUGUAAUCAAAGAGUCGCUGCGUGUUAUUCCAAUCGCACCGUUGAUCGCUCGUACAUUGAGUGACGAGUUGGACAUAGGUGAAUAUACUCUGCCAAAAGGAUGUUUGGUUGUUAUCGACAUCCUGACUAUGCAUAGAAACGAGGAUACCUGGCCGGACCCGCUCAAAUUUGAUCCGGAUCGAUUUUUGCCUGAAGAAGUGACUAAGCGUCAUGCUUAUAGCUACAUACCAUUCAGUGCGGGACCAAGAAACUGCAUCGGUUUAAGGUUUGCCAUGAUGGAAAUGAAGACAGUCUUGGCGACAAUCCUCCGCAGAUACAUCAUUAAGAAAGAUAUAUUUGUACCGCUAGCUGACAUCAAGUUGAAAAUGGACGGUCUGAUGAAACCAGUUGAACCAAUUAUGUUGCGAAUAGAAGAGCGAUGGUGGCCGAUUGUUGAAGCGGAAAAAGUGUUAAUGCCGCCUUUGCACAUUAAGUUAGGGUUGAUGAAACAAUUUGUUAAAAAACUGGAUGAAACUUCAGAAGCUUUUGGAUACAUAAAAAAAUUUUUUCCGAAGUUAUCGGAAGCAAUGGUUAAAGCUGGGGUUUUUGUUGGUCCGCAAAUAAGGCAGAUUUUCGCCGAUGAAAAAUUUCCAACGUUGCUGAAUCGUACUCAAAAAGCAAGUUGGAACAGUUUUAAAGCAGUAGUUUCUGGAUUUUUAGGAAAUAAUAAAGCUGAAAACUACGAAAAGUUGGUUGAGGAUAUGCUUACAAAUUUUAAGGCCAUGGGCUGCAGGAUGUCAUUAAAAGUACAUAUGCUGCAUGCUCAUUUGGAUAAAUUUAAAAACAAUAUGGGAGCCUAUUCCGAAGAGCAAGGAGAACAUUUCCAUCAGGGCAUCAUGAAUUUUGAACAACGCUAUCAAGGCCAAUACAAUGAAAACAUGAUGGGCGACUAUAUUUGGGGUUUAUUGAGAGAAAGUAGCUAUGAACAUAAAAGAAAAAUUAUGAUUGACUCACCCCGAGGGGGCAGCGCUGCAGACGGCGAAGACGAGAACCACGGUUUUGUCUCAUUAUCUGAGUCAUUCCCCACCCUACUAGUUUCCGGACCUGUAUGUAAGACCGUGCACUUGGCAGACACGCAGUUAUGCGAAGCCUCUCGUCUGGUCAUGAACACGGACGACAAACCUAAAGACUCGAUCCAAACAAUGGCUGAUUUAACUGUUGGCUGUUUCAUCGCUGAAGCUCUGUUUAUCAGUGGAUUAAUUUGCAUAUUGACGUACCAUCUGAGGCGACUUAAGCUGUACAUAAAAGCUUCAAAAUUUCGUGGUCCUCCGACGAUUCCAAUCGUUGGAAAUGCGCAUCAUUUUAUCGGAAAUAACGGAGCAAUAGUGCAGAAGUUGAUGGAUCUCUCAGAUUCGUAUCCUUCGCCCUAUCGAAUUUGGCUCGGACCAGAAUUGCUGAUUAUGGUCUCUCAUCCCGAAGAUGUCAAAAAAAUAGUUGGCAGUGACAAAACCAUCGAGAAAUCGCCACUGUAUCGAUUCUUUCGGCCGUGGCUAGGAAACGGUUUGUUCACAGCUCCCACGGCAAUAUGGCGCAUUCAUCGGAAACUCAUCGGGCCAACGUUUAAUUUGAAAAUUCUCGAAUCAUUUGUAAGCGUUUUUGCGGCCCAAUCAAGUAUAAUGGUAAAAAAAAUGGAGACCGAAUUAAAUGGAGGUGAAUUCGUCAUUUUCAAAUACGUAUCGCUGUGUGCAAUGGACAUAAUUUGCGAAACUGCUAUGGGCGUAAGCAUGGGAGCCCAGAGUAACAACAGCGGUGAUUACAUAGAAACAGUUGAAAAAACGUUCGCAAUUAUCUAUCAAAGAGUUUUCAAAGUGUGGCUGCAGUAUGAUGCGAUCUUCUACCGUACUCGACUUGGUAGAGAACAAAAGAAAUGUUUAAACGUCUUACAUGAUUUUACUAAUAACGUGAUCCGUAGGAAGAAAGAAGCUUUGCUGAGAAAACGUGAUAAUCGGGAUGGUACAACUGAUCAUAAAUAUGACGAGGACGAUUCACUGCCACCCCGAAAAAAAGCUUAUUUGGAUCUGCUAAUGGAGUUGACUGAUAACCAGAUGAAAUUCACCGAUCAAGAAUUACGUGAAGAAGUAGACACGAUGAUUGUUGCGGGACACGACACAACGUCGAAUAUGAUCUGUUCGGUCUUGUUGAUGCUGGCUUCUCAUCCGGAUGUGCAGGAAAAAGCUUACCGCGAACUCGAGGAAAUAUACGGAAGUAGCAAAGUCGAAGAGCGCUGCGUGACCCACGAGGAUUUGUCACGUAUGGGAUACUUGGAGCGUGUGAUAAAGGAAACGAUGCGCGUAUUUCCAAUUGCUGCUGCGGUGUCCCGAGCAGUUACGGAAGAUUUUGAUGUCGGUGAAUACACAUUACCGAAAGGAAGCAUAGUCGGUAUAGACAUUAUAAAAAUGCAUAGGAGCGAAGAAUUCUGGCCUGACCCGUUCGUGUUUGAUCCGGACCGAUUUUUGCCUCAAGAAAUCGCCAAACGACAUUCUUGCGUUUAUCUUCCGUUCAGUGCAGGGCCACGAAAUUGCAUAGGUUCGAGAUUCGCUAUGAUGGAAAUGAAGACUGUUUUAGCAACGAUUCUUCGCAGAUAUAUCAUCAAGAAAGAUAAAAUCACACCAAUAGCCGAUAUCAAGUUGAAAUCGGAUGUGAUACUGAAGGUGGCUGAUCCAAUCAAACUACGAAUCAAGGAGAGAACGUGUGACAUGCACGAAGAGGAAAUUCAUAUCGCGAAUGGAGAAGAAUUGAAAUACGCGUUGAAUUCUAUGGGGAAAUUCGCCCUUCCCUUCAAAGCAGGCACGGUUCUGGAUUCGUAUCCCCACUUCUUUCGUCCUCCAUCGCUAAGUCGAGAGGCAAAGGAUCUGAAACCAGUUGGACAGAGUCUUGCGCUCUACACGCGAUACAAAAUGUGCCUACUUUACAACAUCGUUGCCUCUGCGUUUCUCGGUGGAAUUGUCUACUGGUUCAUUUACCACAUGAGGCGACUGCCCUUUUAUCAAAAAGCUUGGAAAUUCUCUGGGCCAUCCAUAGUUCUACCGAUUUUGGGCAAUGCGCUGUACUUCGCCGGAAAUACUGAAAAUAUCUUGAACAAAUUCACCGAAUUAUCGCGGGCGUAUCCUUCGCCUUAUCGCGUCUGGCUUGGGUCUGAAUUGUUGAUCAUUUUAUCUCGACCCGAGGACAUAAAGACAGUUCUGUGGAGCGAGAAGGCGAUCGAGAAGACAAGAUUUUUCGAAUUUUUUCAACCAUGGUUGGGAAAUGGCUUGUUCACUGCACCUGGUGAAAUAUGGCGUGUGCGUCGAAAGUUGAUCGGACCAACUUUCAAUUUGAGAAUUCUGGAGUCGUUUGUGACUGUAUUCGCAGUCCAAUCAAACGUGAUGGUGAGGAAAAUGGAAACUGAAUUAAACGGGGAGGAAUUCCUCGUUUUCGAUUACGUGUCAAUGUGCACCUUGGACAUAAUUUGCGAAACUGCAAUGGGUGUGAGUGUAGGAGCUCAAGUUAAUAACCAUUCCAGUUACGUGGAAGCAGUAGAAAAAUCGCUCAAAAUCAUCUACCGGCGAGCAUUCAGCAUUUGGUUGCACCCGCCAGCGAUUUUCAAUCGCACGCAAACGGGGAAAGAACAAAAUAAGCACAUAAAAACCAUGCAUAAUUUUACUAGCAACGUAAUUCAGAGGAAGAGGAAAGCUUUGCUGAAUCGGAAUGCUAAAAAGACUGCAGUCAAAUACGGUGAAGAUACCGAAAGUGAUUCGCCAUCUGAAAGAAAGGCCUUCUUGGAUUUGUUGAUGCAGUUAACAGACGAUAAGAUGAAAUUCUCGGAUUCGGAACUUCGUGAAGAAGUUGACACAAUGAUUGCUGCCGGUAGCGACACGACCUCCAACACAGUCAGUUUCGUUAUGUUGAUGCUGGCUUCUUAUCCGGAUAUACAGGAGAAAGCUUACCUUGAACUUUGUGAAAUUUAUGGAAGUUACGAUUCCAAUGAGCGUAUCGUGACAUACGAGGACUUGCCACGUAUGCGGUAUUUGGAACUUGUGAUAAAAGAAACGAUGCGUGUACUUCCAAUCAUAGCGUUGAUCACUCGCACAAUAACUGACGAUUUGGACAUAGGUGAAUAUACUCUGCCAAAAGGAAGUUUGGCUGUUAUUGACAUCCUGAGCAUACACAGAAACAAGGAAUUCUGGCCAGAUCCACUCAAGUUUAACCCGGAUCGAUUUUUGCCUGAUGAAGUGGCUGAACGCCAUGCUUAUUGCUACAUACCAUUUAGUGCGGGACCAAGAAACUGCAUUGGUUUAAGGUUCGCCAUGAUGGCUAUGAAGACAAUCCUGGCGACAAUGCUCCGCAGAUAUAUCAUAAAAAAAGAUAAGAUCGUGCCGUUAGACGACGUGAAGUUAAAAUCGGAGGGUGUAACCAAACCAGUUGAACCAAUCAUGCUGCGAAUAGAAGAGCGAAGGGUUACGAUAUCAUGCCACGCAGACUGCUCAUCACAUGGCUACUUCUGAUACCUGGCUCGAUGCUUGUGUGCUGUCAACAACAUUCAUCUCCUGGAAUCCAGGGAUCAAUCGUCGCGGCCGUUUCUCUCUGUGCACGAUCUCAUACAUGCUUUCGACAGCUGUGGUGCACCUAGGCAGGAGCCGCGCGAUAUUCGAUACCGAUCGUGGAUCGUGCCGAUUUUGAUGCUGCCUCUUCUGCCUUGUCUACGCUUGACUUCUCGCAGUUUGCAUGGCUGCUUUCUGUGGAUAGGAUCAUGAACGGGUGUUUAUCAGUCUGCAAUAAUCUCAUGAACGAAGUACGUGAUUGCGUCGUGCCUGUCGAGGAACUUACUUUGCGGCGUUUACCUGCGACUUGGAUAUCGCUAGAUAUCAGACACCUGAUGAAAAAGCACAACGACUGCGAUCGGUCCUUCAAGAGAUCUCGCAGUGCGAAAGGUUUCGCCAAAUAUAUCACCUAUCGUAGAGACAUAAAGCGUGCUUUAACAGCCGCCAAGAAUGAUGGCAUACAAGAGCGGCUUAAUACUCGUGGUGGUGCGCAAUCCUUUUGGUAUGAGAUGAAGAACAUCGGUCUUACCAAUUGUAAAAAGCUAUCGCUGCCUUGUCUACUGGGGUUUUGAUUGAUGACCAUAAUGAACACUUUGUGUCUAGCUCCGUGGGUUUGCAGUAUCAUGACCCGGUAGUUCAAAAUCCUGUCAAGAGGUAGAGAGAAUCCUUCACCUUCUCACCGAUCGCGAACAGAUGUGUCAACGGGGCGCUGGUAGGGAUUACAACUCGUGCAUGUGCUCCCGAUAACCCUCCGAUAGAGGCUUUCAAGACACUGAAAGAUUUACUGAUGCCGCUGAUUGUGUAUUUUCUGAACUCCCUCCUAACAACGGUAUCGGUGCCACCGUGGGGAGAAUCCUCAAUUAUUAUACCUAUAACGAAGGUUCGCGAUCCCAUUGGUCCGUCAGAUUUUAGACCAAUUUCGCUUCCCUGCACGUUUUCUACAGUGUUUUAACGGAUAGUGUAUGAUCAACUCGCGGUGCAUUUAGCGCGCGUUAAUUACCUCGAUUCACAUCAGACUGGUUCUCGUAAGGGCAUGGGAACACAAUCAGCCGUCUUGCGUUUGGUGGAUAACUUGUAGACUUGCGGACUUGUAGGAUGAUCGCAUGGUGAUCGUUGGUGGUGUUUCUGGACUUCUCCAAAGCAUUCAACAUGGUAAACCAUGCAUUGCUUCUGUCGAAGCUGCGAUCUUUCGGACUGACAACGUGCUUGACUGGUUCAACUCGUAACCGUCUGAUCGCACUACGGUUUUACAAACAGGUCUGGGAAGUCGGCUAUUUUUAAGUGGUGGGGAUUGUCACUGUGAGUGUGACCAAACUGUGUUCGUCGUUUGUCCACAAGGUGCGCUGUCGUACUAGGGUAUUGUAAAUAUACAUAUGCAGUUGCAGAUAACCUCAUAGAGCCCCGUAGUCGUGGUGUACAUUCACAUAAUAAAACAAUUUUUGAAAAAUA